GCCUUCAAGAAACAUGCUCUUCACGAAUGCGUAGUUUAUUGGUAACCAUACGAAUUCCAGCAGCAACUACAAUAGAAAUGUCUACAUUUAAGUGUUACAUGGACAUCUGUAAACGGGGCGCUCAGUACUGCGAGGAUACCAGGGAAAGAUGCUACUGGUGCAAAGACGCUGCUAGCCACUGUUGGACGCCGAAGAUGCCACGCCAGUGCAACCAAUUCUGUAACGAUUCGCUACAAAAAUUAGUGAACCAGUCAUACAGUAGAGGAUAUUCAGACGGACGUUCAUCCCAUAAUGGUCCAGAUGAUCCUUUCAUCAUAUCCACUUCCACUGCCGUCAUCUUUGCGCUUAUAUGUGGAUUACUUGGUUUGGGAAUAUACUACUUAAGGAAAAGACUCAGAACAUCGCGUGGAGAUGUUCACGACCAGGAAAGCCCCGAAACGAGCCCACUAACACAGACAGGCGGUGAAGGCGGUGAUGAGGUAGUGGACAUGGACAUCACGGAACCUACAGACGAUGCCGUUUCAACUAACACGACAGUGGCCAGUGUAGACUCGGGACUUGAUAACAGAGAGAGUAUAAACUCGUCCUCCAUCGUGCCAUGUGCAUGUAACCGAGAUGGCGGUGCAGCGGAAGCAUGCACUCGAUGCACGGAGCUAAAGCAGCUGCCCCCAAGAAAUGACGCUGGUAGUUUGAAAACGGCAAUCGUGUGUGGCUGAGAGUGAGUGAGUGAUGGUUGGUUGGUUGGGUGGUUGAGUGAAUAAGUGAGUGACUGGCUGAGUGAGUGAGUGAGUGGCUGAGUGAGUGAGUUUUGGG